AGUCACAGAUUCCAGUCUGUGGCCUGAGGGGCUGAGGCUAGUGAUUGAAUAGUAUAGCAUAUGCCCACAAUUGCAGCAAAACAAGGCAGAGCCCACCUAACAACCCCAGAAUAAAAAAGGGCACCCCACAAAUUAAAAUUCUUUAUUUCAAACUAAUAAAUAAUCAUUCAAAACGCAUUCCUUAGAUAAUAAUGCCCCCAAGUCCAAGUCCAAGUCCAAGUCCCAUUCUCUUCUCUCUCUCUCUGAGCAAUGCCUGUCACAAACACAACAACACCAACUGUGGCAGAACACAUCAAAUGGAGAAGACCCAGAAACCAAUUCAACCACCAUCAGCACCCCAUUUCAGAAACCGAUCCAAACCCUCAAAUCCCUUCCAUUAUCCAAUCCACUAGGUGCAAGUCUACCAUUUCCUCCUUGCUCCUCUCCACUUUCUCCAACAACACCUCCUCCAACAAUGACACUCCCACCACCUUCAAUGCCACUGCCCAUAGCAAGAAAAAAAGCAACUUUUCUGCAUCAACCUUCAGAGGGUUGGGGUGCACCGCCGGAGCGUCGCAGCAGGUGUCGGUGCCGGCGGUGAUUCGCUCCUCCGCCGAUUGGCAAGGAAAGAAAACAAGAAAAAAGAAGCACAAGAGAAGCAGCAGCAGCAGCAAGAACAAGACUUUCCAUGGUGGGGUUCUAGAAGGGUCCAAUCCAGAGUGCGUGGAUUUUCAAGAUGUUUGGUGUGGCCCUGGAAUUGGGUUCUCAACAGAUGCUGCUGCUGCUGCCUCUGUUGAUUGUGUUGUGGCCAGGAAGAAUGUCUCUUCUGCAAGAGGGAAAAUUGAUGUGGAUAAGAUCACUCACAGGGAGCGAUCAUCGUAUGUGGGAAGGCGCACUGAAACCUUCACUUUUCUGGACAGUACUGAUCCUGACAUUUUCACACCACGCUCUGCCUCUGACUCUUAUGGAACUGCAACAUACUAUCGUAAUGUUAGAGAUCCUUCCUCUGAUGGUUUUGCUGAGGUUGCCUCUAAUAUACAUAUAAUGAUGCUCCAAGGGAGUCUACUAAUGGGUGGACAACUAAAUUCACAUGAUCAUUUCAAAGACUGGAGACUUGAUGUUGAUAACAUGUCCUAUGAGCAAUUGCUAGAGCUUGGUGAGAGAAUUGGUCAUGUGAACACUGGACUUAAGGAAGAUGAGAUGGGACGGAACAUAAGGAAGACUAGGCUUCAAUUUUGGGAUGAUACAUCAAAGCACCAAGUAGAUAAAGAGUGCAGCAUUUGUCAGGAGGAGUAUGAAGCAGGAAAUGAGUUGGGGAGGCUAAAUUGUGAACACAUCUAUCACUUUCAGUGUAUAAAACAAUGGGCUGCACAAAAAAAUUUCUGCCCAGUAUGUAAGCAACAAGUUGCGGCUCGACACUGAGUGACACAACCCUACUACUGUUUAGCUUCCAUUCUCAUCCAUAAAUUUGUGUAUAGUUUUCCAUAUUCAAUACAAGCAAGAAUUUUCAUUCUCUGCUGUCAAUCAUCAUUUCAUCUUUCAAAAUUCCUGCAUCCUCUGCGAGAAGUCGGCAAUUAUAUGUUAUUGAGUAAAGGUUUUUUAUUCGGGCUGAGACCUUUGCAUAUUAUACGCAAGAUUUGUCUUGCCUAAGAGCAGUUAUUUUUUAUUUUCUUUUGGGUUUUUAAUGAAGUUGUGUCUGUGACAUAGUAGGGUGUUCUUAUUUGGAAUGCUUGUCCUCAACUAUACCCAUUUUGGAUCCUAUGGUGAUAGUUUUUGUUGGCUGUUGCUACUUGCUAUAUCUAUAUUAUGUAACUUGUUUAUGGGAAAACUACUCUGCAGAUUAAAAUGAA